GGCUCGGGCUGCGGCUGGCUCAGAGUGGCGCGGGGGGCGGGGGGCGGUGCUGAGGAGCUGAAGCCGUGGCCAGCUCGACGCCGGACAGUCCAGCGAGCAGCACGGCGGGAACCGGCAGCCGGAGCAGAAGCAGCAGCAGCAGCAGCAGCCCUCGCCGUUCGCGGAGCGCAGCCGAGCCGGCCAUGGCGUUGUCGAUGCCGCUGAAUGGGCUGAAGGAGGAGGACAAAGAGCCCCUCAUCGAGCUCUUCGUCAAGGCUGGCAGUGAUGGUGAAAGCAUAGGAAACUGCCCCUUUUCCCAGAGGCUCUUCAUGAUUCUUUGGCUCAAAGGAGUUGUAUUUAGUGUGACGACUGUUGACCUGAAAAGGAAGCCAGCAGACCUGCAGAACUUGGCUCCCGGGACCCACCCACCAUUUAUAACUUUCAACAGUGAAGUCAAAACGGAUGUAAAUAAGAUUGAGGAAUUUCUUGAAGAAGUCUUAUGCCCUCCCAAGUACUUAAAGCUUUCACCAAAACACCCAGAAUCAAAUACUGCUGGAAUGGACAUCUUUGCCAAAUUCUCUGCAUAUAUCAAGAAUUCAAGGCCAGAGGCUAAUGAAGCACUGGAGAGGGGUCUCCUGAAAACCCUGCAGAAACUGGAUGAAUAUCUGAAUUCUCCUCUCCCUGAUGAAAUUGAUGAAAAUAGUAUGGAGGACAUAAAGUUUUCUACACGUAAAUUUCUGGAUGGCAAUGAAAUGACAUUAGCUGAUUGCAACCUGCUGCCCAAACUGCAUAUUGUCAAGGUGGUGGCCAAAAAAUAUCGCAACUUUGAUAUUCCAAAAGAAAUGACUGGCAUCUGGAGAUACCUAACUAAUGCAUACAGUAGGGACGAGUUCACCAAUACCUGUCCCAGUGAUAAGGAGGUUGAAAUAGCAUAUAGUGAUGUAGCCAAAAGACUCACCAAGUAAAAUCGCGUUUGUAAAAGAGAUGUCUUCAUGUCUUCCCCUAAGAAUAUGCUUUUCCUAACAGGCUACUCCUUCCUGUAGAGCAGAAAUUGUAUUUUGCACGAACAUGCAGUUAUUGAAGAUUAGGAUCAAGGAUAGACAAGGUAUAGUAGUUAUCUUAAAAUAUACACUCCUAAGCAGUAUUAUUUUAAAAUCCUUUUACCCUGGCUACCUCCCCUACCCGGGUUCCCCUCUCUUUAAUUUGGAGACACUCCACCACAAACUUUUCAUUUUAGAGGUAGCUUGCCAUCUCUCAGGAGCCCUCACCAUUGUGUCCAUUCACUGUGUAUAGAUGGCAGAACUUUUGAGGUGCAAUGUUUAAUUGUUAAAAAUGGUAGCCACGACUUUAUCAGGCAGCCCCAAACUGGUGCAUAAUGCAUGGUACAAGAAAUAUUUAUGUAUUUUUUGGAAUUUUGUAAUAUUUAGUAAGAGUAUAUGAAAGGAUUGCUACUGUAUCAGAAAUAUUGUUUCAAUUUAGUCUAUCCUGGAUAUGUACUAAUGAAUAUUACCACCAGAGAAGAGAGCUUUCUACAAAAGUCACUACAGAUUUUGCUAUAUUGCUUUGUAGAUAGAUUUUUACUUUUGCCUAAAAGCAUUUAUCCUUCAUACCAAUUGUAACAUCUGACACCAUGUAGAAGCUAAAAGUUUAGAGGGAGUAAGGGUUUUCUCAAGACCUUCCUCAAGCAUUUUAUCUUUAUAAGAGAAACUGAUGGGCACCUGAUACUCGGUCUAAAUACGUUUGUUAUAUGUGUUUUGCCCUGUGCCAUUCAUUUGGAACUUUAUUGCUUUCUUUAUUUUAAAAAGCUUGUUUUUACAUAAUCAUAGAGCUUGCUAUUUGUACAUCUUUUGAGCAACACUACAUAACUGAUUUUUAGUUGACUUAGCUAUAGCAGUACAAUGAUUAGUAAUGUAAAAAUUAACACAGAAAUUAACCUAAGGAAUGAAGGGUGGGUUUGUCAAAAUAUCAAGUAAAUUUUUGUUUCUAAAGUACAUUUAAUGUAGAUGACCUAAAGAAUGCAUUAUCCAUCCUAUAUAAAAAAAAGAUAAAACACAGGUCACCAAUUUUCUCAUUUCACCCCAUUUACCUUGUAUAGAGGAUUGUUCAUUCCUUUGGGACUAAGUUAUAGUUAUGGUGAGUGUGUAUUUACUGUAGUUUUGCCUGAUCUCACUCAUUGCACUUCCUGGAGUUAAACUUUCCAACAGCCAUGUUGAGGAAUAGCACUCUGCAUGUUUUUGUUUUGUUUUUCGGGGUUUUUUUUUUAAUUGAAGCCCUAAACCAGGAAUUAUUUGUGCUCUAACAAGGGAGGAUGAACUUGCUGAAAAUAAAACUUUGCUAUGUAUUUACUCUUUUUUAAAAGACAAAAGCAAAACCAGACUUUCUACGUACUACUCCAAAGACUGUGAUUGUGACUAUAAUACAUUUUUGGUAAUUUUUUUAUACCUAAUUUGUAUAGGAAGUGCUAUUUCUCAUAGGCUGUUUCUUGAAAUUUUAAGUUUAUUGCUUUAAAAUGGCAGUGUUUCUCCCACUUUGAUAUGCUAACAUUUAGUAAGCACUGGCUUUAUGAAAGCAGCUUUUUAUAAGUAUACUGCAUUUUUUGAACCUAUCGUUAAUUAGCUUAGUAUGAAAGAUAAGAAAAUCUCCAUGUUGUAUCCAUUUGGCUCAGGAAGAUUCUUUGCCUUACCUUUCUUAGAACUCUUUAUUACUUAUCAAAAGUUUGAGUACCCGCUUGGUUUUUUUUUUGGUAAUUAAAUAUUGUAUGACUUAUCUGGUUCAAGGAAGAUGCACUAUUCAGUUAUCUAUUGAGAAAUUAUUUUGCAGUGGUUUUAGUGGGUGAAAAUGUCCCAUCUGCACCAGUACACAGGCAGGCAUUAUCACUCUUCACCUACUUUUUAAAUAGUGGCAACUUGGGAUUCAUUCUGGUGAUUCUGAACCUUGCCUCAUAGCUUAAAGUAUAAAAAAGAUUCAAGAGAAGUGAGGUUUGUUCUUUCCAGUGAAUGGUGGACUGAGUGGUGCAAGGUGGAGGGCUAGCAGAGGAAAGAACUCCAUUCUUCAGAAUACAGUGAUGAAAAUUCAUUUUGAAACUCAAGUAUUUUCAUUUUGGAUAUUCUCCUGUUUUUAUUAAACCAGUGAUUACACCUGGCCAUCCCUCUAAAUGUUCUAGGAAGGCAUGUCUAUUGUGAUUUUGAUGAAGACAGAAUUAUUUUUCUCUGUAGAAAGACAGAUACCACUUUAUCAGGGAAGUUAGUCAGAUGAAAUGGAAAUUGGUAAAUGGACAAAAGCUAGCUAGUAAGAAGGACGACCCAGCAACAUGCUUUAACCCCAUUGUAUGUUUGUGGAAAGAGCAUAGUUUAACAUCUUGAGAAAUUUGGGACAUAAAGUUUUCAUGGUAGACAGUUCAUGCAGUAUAUGAAUUGACAUAAUGGAAAUAAUCUGAUUUUAUUUUUACAACUAACAUCCAUUCCCCUUCAUUUAAACGCCUUUUGUGUUUUACUUCAGUGAGGAGAUUGGAGUCUGAAUGGAUCUGUUUUCCAAGAGAUUCUGAGAAAUUUUUGUAUUCAACUGUUGGAAAGCUCUCUAUUCUAGUUGAUAAAGCUUCCCUUUUUUGAUGUAGAUGCAGAUAUUCUAUACAGUUCUGUUGUCUUUUACUAGGACUGUUAACUUUUGUGAUAAAAUUCAAAUAAGAUUUUAUUUCUUGGUAAUUUUGGCUUUCACAAUUUAUCUUUAAAUCCUUGAGCAAUCUGUAUACAAUUAAGAGAUUUCUGACAUUUAUUCUUACACUAAGUGGAUCAACUCUAGGAUUUAGGCAUGUUAACUUCUAUUGUGUUCUGAAUCUCUCCAGAGUUGCGUGUAGAUAGCAUUUAUUUCUGUGCACUUAAACCCAUUUAGAAAAUAACUACAAAGUAAAAAUGUAGAGGAAAUAGAAAUGUAUUUUUUCAUGAACAUUUUGAUACAAAUUUCGUCAUUUAAUGAUUCACCAAUUUCUUGCAUUAAUUUGAAUUUAAGCAUUUAAUUCAAAGAGAGGGGAGCAUUCAUUAUUGAUACAUGUGGGCUUUUAAAAACUCCAUCCUUUAUAAAUAGUCAAGGUUUGGGCCACACAAAGUAUAUUUUUAUCAUGGAAAAAUUUCAACUCCUCAAGCCGUAAUGUUGAACAGAAUUGGAGUAUUUUCUUUAUAAUUUCUUGAACACGCAAAUGAAAGCUUAUUAUAGAAUGCAUGUAUUUUCUUUUCUCUUUGGAACAUCAGCACCAGUAUAUUGCUGGCAGCUAUUGUAUUAAAAAAUAAAGUAUAUUUUCACUAUCAUAAAGGAUUCUUUUUUCCCCCCUCAUGAAAAUAAACAACAACUUGGGGUAAAA